GAGAGGGAGGGAGGAAGAAAGAGAGGGAGGCGUGUCAUGUGAUCCGCUUCCCUGCUUCUUUAAGCGUCCACUGGCUGCCGGGCGGCCGCAGUCUCAGCUCUGGGCAUCUGGGGAGCCCAAGCGGCUUCGCCCAGGCAUCCGCGCGGGCGCCUGCGGUCUGGGUCCCACCUUCUCUGCUAUCGCACCCUUGAAGUUUUACAGCACCAGGAAAAGAGGGCAAGGAAGAAGGAGAGGGGAAGCGAAAGCAUACCCUAAAACAUUUACUUAAAGGAGAAAAGAAAGGGGGUCGCAGAAAUGGCUGGGGCAAUUAUAGAAAACAUGAGCACCAAGAAGCUCUGCAUUGUUGGAGGGAUUCUUCUGGUUUUCCAAAUCGUUGCCUUUCUGGUGGGAGGCUUGAUCGCUCCAGCACCCACAACAGCAGUGCCCUACAUGGCAAUAAAAUGUGUGGAUGUCCGUAAGAAUCACCAUAAAACAAGAUGGCUGGUGCCUUGGGGACCGAACAAGUGUGACAAGAUCCGUGACAUCGAGGAAGCAAUUCCAAGGGAAAUUGAAGCAAAUGACAUUGUGUUUUCUGUACACAUUCCCCUCCCUUCUAUGGAGAUGAGCCCAUGGUUCCAGUUUAUGCUGUUUAUCCUGCAGCUAGACAUCGCUUUCAAGAUGAACAACCAAAUCAGAGAAAAUGCAGAAGUUUCCAUGGAUGUUUCCCUAGGUUACCGUGAUGAUAUGUUUUCUGAAUGGACUGAAAUGGCCCAUGAAAGAGUACCACGUAAACUCAAAUGUAUUUUUACAUCCCCCAAGACCCCAGAGCACGAAGGUCGUUAUUAUGAAUGUGAUGUCCUUCCUUUCAUGGAAAUUGGGUCAGUGGCUCAUAAGUAUUACCUCCUAAAUAUCCGGCUACCUGUAAAUGAGAAGAAGAAAAUCAAUGUUGGAAUUGGAGAGAUAAAGGACAUUCGAUUAGUGGGAAUCCACCAAAACGGAGGUUUCACUAAGGUAUGGUUUGCUAUGAAGACUUUCCUCACACCCAGCAUCUUCAUCAUUAUGGUGUGGUAUUGGAGGAGGAUCACCAUGAUGUCCCGACCUCCAGUGCUUCUGGAAAAGGUCAUCUUUGCCCUUGGGAUUUCCAUGACCUUUAUCAAUAUCCCUGUGGAAUGGUUUUCCAUUGGAUUUGACUGGACUUGGAUGCUGUUAUUUGGUGACAUCCGACAGGGCAUCUUCUAUGCAAUGCUUCUUUCCUUCUGGAUCAUCUUCUGUGGCGAGCACAUGAUGGAUCAACAUGAACGGAAUCACAUUGCAGGGUAUUGGAAGCAAGUUGGACCAAUCGCUGUUGGCUCUUUCUGCCUCUUCAUAUUUGACAUGUGUGAGAGAGGAGUACAACUCACAAAUCCUUUCUACAGUAUCUGGACUACCGAUGUUGGAACAGAACUGGCUAUGGCUUUCAUCAUUGUGGCAGGUAUCUGCCUCUGCCUCUACUUCCUGUUUCUGUGCUUCAUGGUAUUUCAGGUAUUUAGAAAUAUCAAUGGGAAGCAAUCUAGUCUCCCAGCUAUGAGCAAAGUCCGGAGGCUGCACUAUGAGGGUCUGAUUUUCAGGUUCAAGUUCCUCAUGCUCAUCACUUUGGCUUGUGCUGCUAUGACUGUUAUCUUCUUCAUCGUCAGUCAGGUGACAGAAGGCCAUUGGAAAUGGGGUGGUGUCACAGUUCAAGUGAGCAGUGCUUUCUUCACUGGAAUCUAUGGGAUGUGGAACCUGUAUGUCUUUGCUUUGAUGUUCUUGUAUGCACCAUCCCAUAAGAACUAUGGGGAAGACCAGUCUAAUGGUGACCUGGGUGUCCACAGCGUUGAAGAACUGCAGCUCACUACCACAAUCACCCAUGUAGAUGGACCAACUGAGAUCUACAAGUUGACCCGUAAAGAAGCACAGGAAUAGGAGGCUAUGGCAUUCAUCCUCAGGGCAGGUGAUGAAGCCAACUUGCUGGUGCAUGCUGACUCUCAUGAAUAUGCUUUUGUAUCUUUAUCUCCCAGGAUUGUUUUUAUCCUGACACGUUUACAAGAACAUUUCUGACUUGUAUAAGUUUACUUUUACCAUAUAUUAGUUACUUUUAUAUGUCUGUGAUAAAACACCAUGAGAAAUACAACUUAUAGAAGGAAAGUGUUGUUUGGGUUUAUUUUUCAUGGUGGGGAGGUAGGGAGACAUUUCAGCAAUAUGCAGGCAUGAUAACAGGAACAGAAAAGUGAGGGCUCACAUCUCAACCACAAGCGCAAAGAAGAGAGAAAAACUGGAAGUAGGUUGAGGUUUUAAACUCUUAAAACUGGGCUUCAACAAAAAUACCAACUUUACCUCAGAAUGUUUCCCAAGCAAAUACCCCAACUGUAUUCAAAUAUCAUUUCUCAUGUAAACCACUGCAUUAUCUCUUCUGAGAACUGAAUGGUUUCUUGUUAUAUAGGGAUUUCUUGGUUUGUAACUACAUCAGUAGCCCCUUUUCUGCUGACAUCAGAGGAGUCUUCCAGGGAUGUUUAAACUAUUAUGUGUAAAGAGUUUUCUCUUUUCUCACCAACGCACUUACUCUUAGAAUUAGGAAUGCCCAUUAGUGUUUGUAUCAGGCCUUUCCUUUCUACCUUUCCAUUUUUAUAUUGACUGUCCCUUCCCAUAGCCCCAUGUGCACUCCUUCAUGGUUUCCAGACAGCUUCUCUAUUAUUGCUGAUUAUCUUCAGUUUUCUUUUUCGUUCUCCCAAAGUACUGUGAUAAGAAUACAGUAAUAAUAAAUGUUCUGACUGGAA